AGUUCAUCAAAAAUUUGGUUGCCGGUUGUCUUUGUCGAUGCAGAAGUUGUAGUUAAUGGAAAACAAGAAAUCAGUGUACCAAUGUUGAAGUUUCUCCCUCCAAAAAUCAUCAAGCAUCUUUCCAAUUGUAAUAAUGGACCAUCUUCAUUAGCUUUAUUCUCCUCUUCUGCAUCGCCAUCAUCGCCUACUUCUUCAUCCCCAUAUCUUUCAAAUCUAUCCGCAUCGAUACUCGAUUCACCAACCACAUUGCAAGCGCUACGAAUUUUCAACUCAGCCUCAAGAAAUGUGAACCCCGCCAAAACCCUGAAGCUCCAUUCCGCCAUUGUUCACUUUUUAACCAAGGCGAAAUUGUACGUGAAGGCAAGGUGUUUGAUAGAAGACCUCAUCGAGAUUUUGAGAAAAACCCGUAAACCCCACAAAGUUUGUUCCUCGAUCUUCAAUGCGCUCAAUCAAAUUCAGGCGUCGGGGUGUAGCACCAACGUGUUUGGAGUGCUGAUCAGUGCUUUGUGCGAAAAGGGUUUCGCCGACGAGGGGUAUUGGGUGUACCGCAAGAUCGGAAAACUGCCCGCGGUGCAGGCGUGCAAUGUGCUGUUGAACGGUAUUUUGAAGUCCGGUCGAAAUGAAUUCAUGUGGGAAGUUUACGAUGACAUGGUUUCGAAUGGUUUAUUGCCUAGUGAGGUAACUUACGGAAUACUAAUUGAUGCUUCUUGUGGUCGUGGGGAUAUCAAGAAGGCGCGGAUGCUGUUCGAUGAAAUGACCCAGAGAGGAUUAAAACCGACAGUUGUGAUUUACACGACGCUCAUACGCGGACUAUGUGCAGAGAGUGAUAUGUCGGAAGCAGAAAUCGUUUUCGCAAGAAUGCGCGGCUCUGGCGUGGUCCCUAAUCUCUACACUUACAAUGCCCUAAUGGAUGGAUAUGCCAAAAUGGUCAGUAUUGAUAAAGUGCACAAGUUCUAUUAUGAAAUGUUGGAUCGAGGGGUGCUGCCGAAUUUUAUCACAUAUAGUAUUUUGAUAUAUCUUCUUUGCAAAACGGGCGAAAUUUGGGCUUUUAGGAGCUAUUUUGUGCAUAUGGUGAAGCUAAACGUCGUUCCGAAUGUAUACAUAUAUAAUUGCUUAUUGGACGGCUUCUGUGAAGGUGGCGAUUUAUCUGCUGCAACGGACAUGUAUUCGGAGAUGGAGAAAUUCGGUAUUUCUCCAGAUGUUGUUACGUAUGGCGUACUUAUGAAGGGAUACUGUAGAAUCGGUAGAGUCGAAGAUGCGGAGAAUUUAUUUCGUAAGAUGAAAGAAACGGAAUUGGUGGCAAAUUCUGUUGUGUAUAAUACAUUGAUCGAUGGGUACUGUAAGAAAGGAAGUAUGGAGAAAGCUGUGGGAAUUUGUACUCAAAUGACCGAGAAGGGAUUAAAACCCGAUAUUGUAACUUUUUGUACACUGAUAAACGGGUAUUGCAAAGUCGGAGAUUUGGGUGCUGCUAUGGGACUUUACUAUGAAAUGGCGAUUAAAGGCUAUAAGCCGGAUGUUGUAGCUUAUACUUCUUUGAUUGAUGGCCAUUUCAAGAAUGGGUAUACCGAUGCAGCUCUUCAAUUGUACAAAGAAAUGAUGGAUGCUGGUAUUUAUCCGAAUGUUUUCACGAUUAGUUGUGUGGUGGAUGGAUUGUGCAAAGAUGGGAGGAUUAACAAUGCAAUUAAUUUCUUCUUGGAACAAAGUGGAUACGGGUUUUGUGGGGAUAUUACGUAUUCGAUCUUGAUUAACAGGUUGUGCAAGAACGGUCGGGUUUUUCAGGCGAGUAAAUUCUUUUCGGAUAUGAGGAAGAGCGGUUUGACGCCAGAAGUGUGUGAUUAUGGUGCUAUUGUACAAGGGGAUUUCGGGGUGAAGCACGUUUUUCCGGCGAUGAUGGUGCAUGCGGAUAUGGUGAAGAUGGGUGUUUUGCCGAAUGCUUUCUUGUAUAAGGUAUUGAAAAAAGGUUAUGGUGAGAUGGCUUAUUUUGCAUCAGCUCAAAAAUGUUACAAUGAGUUGUUGAAUUCGGGUAUGGAUAAUCCGAGCUAUUCUUUUACGCAAUGACCUGUAUGAACUAUGGUUUUUAUAAGGGGUCACAAUUCAUGGUUGGUUUGACUAUCGCACGAGAAAGAAUUAGUUUACGGGUUCCUUUGUCGAAAGAGACUGUAACACCAUAAUCUUGUUUGCUUAAUUUGGUAAUAAGAAAGCUGAUGUCAUUUUUAUACUAUAUAUAUAUAUAUAUAUAUAUAUAUAUAUAUAUAUAUAUAUAUAUAGCACAAGACUGAUUUUUCAGAAGAUUCUUGAUCAAGGGGUAUUAUAACACAUACAUUUGUACACACAAAACAAAAAGUGUACUGAAAGAUGAAUCUUUAUUACACAAAA